CCGUCGCACACGCAAGGGGCGUUCUGACCUGGAUCGGGGUACAUCUCCCGCGCGCGAUCUAUACAGUAUAUAUCGCCCGCACCAUAUAAUCAUUAUCGCGCCAUCCCCCUGUUUGCGUGCUUUAAACAACCCUCAACAACAGCUCUACGCGAGUCUUCUUAUACCAACACCGGCAUCAUGAGGUUCAGCUUCAGUUUCAGCAGCAGCACCAUGUCCUCCCCUUCGCCUUCCUCGCUGCCUCCUCCCCCACCACCUCCUUCUCCUAACGAUGACUUGCUUGAUAUCACUCCUCGCAAGUCUUCUUUCUCGACGACGCUGGGCAUGAGCACGUCGUGUGCAUUCCCUUCCUGGCCCAACCGCUCCUCUCUGCUGAACGCAGAUUCCGACUGCUCUACCCCCAGUUCCUAUCUGUCGGAUGAGGACCUCUUCCCUGAGGGCGCAUCCGAGGCUAUCAUCGACGAGGAAUCUGCCAUCAUUGACCCUGUCUGCUGCCCUUUCGACGUCACCACGGAGCAGCAGGUGCAGAUGAUGCGCGCAGCUGCUGAGGAGGAGGAACGACGCCAGCGAUACCUGGCCCAGGUCCAGGCUCACGCUCGCGCACAACAAGCAGCUCGCGUGGCCCAGCUGGCUGCAGCAGAGCGCGAGAAUGCACGACGCAAGAAGCGCAGGGCGGUUCCGGAGAAGAAGCGUCGCUCGACGUCAUCAUCAUCGAAGACAGUGUCGUCUCAGCGGUCGUGAAAACCAACUAAUACAGCCUCUUCCCGAGUUCUUGUUCUUGCUGGCAUACGAAGUCUACGGCAGUUUCCUAUCCAUCUGCGGCACCGGGUUUUCCGCGCUGACCGCCUUUACCAUACGGUAUUGAUACAUACCGUUACCAUACCCGUCACAACCCGACGCUGCCCGAACACCAAAAUCUCCUCGCAUCUUAUCUUGUUCUCACCGCAUCCUCAUCCUUCAUCCCACCUGGACUUCUGCCUAUCAUGUCUCGGCCAUCUCACCGCUGGUCUCUUCCCCCGCCGACUUCUACAGCUUCAUCUUGUCUCCAGAUGACUCACAGCAGUGCAUCGCCUUCUUUCUA